AUGAACGUGCACUACCACGAGGACCGUUGCAUGCGAUCGAAGGGCUGUCUUGGACAAACAAGGCAGAUGAACUUGUCUGGACGCGGAUCCACCGAGGAUCUGGCCAAUCCCGGUCUCGAUGGCGAGGGACUUGGUGUCAUGGCUCUUGACGGUAGAGCUCCCGCUGCUGACAAGUUCCAAGGAACGAACAGGAAAGUCAACUUGCUGGCAGCCACAUCUUGCAACAGGAGAGGGGGGGCUAUUUGCUUGUCGGUCCUAUCAAUGGUGCUCAAGGAGGGGCGUCUCGCUUUACCAGGUCGUCGGGUGCGUGAGUGA